AUGGAGUUUCCAUACCUAAAGCUCAUCAUCUUGCUGAAUGUGUUUGCUUUCGUGGGAAGUUAUGCAGCUUCACCUUCAGAGAUUUAUUGGAACACUGUGUUGCCAAACAAUCCUAUGCCUAAAGCUAUCAAAGAUCUUCUACCAUCAUCUGAUAUGGAGAGCAAAGGUGUUUCAGUUGGGGUAGGUGGUGGUGGCGUUAAUGUGAACGUACCAGGAGGCACCAAUGUGAAUGUCGGGCAACCUGGCGGUGGCGGUGGUGGUGGUGGAGUUCAUGUCAAUGCACCGGGAGGCACCAAUGUAAAUGUCGGGCCAGGUAGGGGUGGACCUGGAGGUAAUAAACCAGGAGGCACCAAUGUGAAUGUCGGGCACGGUGGUAGCAGAGUUCACGUCAAAGCACCAGGAGGCACCAAUGUGAAUGUUGGGCCAGGCAGUGGUGGAACCGGAGGGAAUAAACCAGGAGGCAUAAAUGUGAACGUCGGGCACGGUGGUGAUGGAGUUCAGGUCAAAGCACCCGGAGAAACCAAUGUGAACGUCGGGAGGGGUGGUGGUGGAGGGGCGUCCGGAGGCACCAACGUAAAUGCAGGGAAAGAUGGUGAUAGAGUUGGUGUUGAAGCACAUGAAGACACAGACGUGAAUGUUGGUGUUUCGCCUGGAGGAACUAACGUUGGUGUUGAUGUAGGCAGAGGCCCUCAUCAUAAGGGGAAGCCAGUAAAUGUCGGAGUAUUUCCAAGGGGACAACCGUUUCUGUACAACUAUGCAGCUACCAAAGAUCAGCUCCAUGACAAUCCAAAUGUGGCACUUUUCUUCCUAGAAAAGAAUAUCGCCCCAGGCUCAACUAUGAACUUGCACUUCUUCAAGACCUCAAAUGGAUCCCGCUUCUUACCUCGAAAGGUUGCUGAAUCAAUUCCCUUCUCCUCAAACAAACUGGGAGACAUUUUCAACAGAUUCUCGGUGGAUUCCCAGUCACAGGAAGCUCGAUUGAUGAAAAACACAAUCAAAGAGUGUGAGGCACCACGAAUCCAAGGAGAGCAGAAGAUUUGUGCCACUUCCCUGGAAUCAAUGGUCGAUUUCAGCACCUCCAGACUGGGGAAAAACAUAGAGGUACUAUCAACAACUGCAAUAAAAGAGAGCCCGAUGCAGAAGUAUACCAUUACAGGAGUGAAAAAGAUGGCAACUAAUAAAGCGGUAGCAUGCCAUCGGCAAAACUAUGUGUAUGCAGUAUUUUAUUGUCACGAAACACAGAGCACCAGGGCAUAUACAGUUUCCAUGGUCGGAGCAGAUGGAACAAAAGUGAAAGCCGUGGCAGUGUGCCAUGAAGAUACAACAAAAUGGAACCCGAAACACUUGGCUUUCCAAGUUCUCAAAGUAAAGCCAGGGCAGAUUCCCAUCUGCCAUUUCCUACCUGAAGAUCACAUCGUCUGGGUUCCAAAGUAG